AUGGAAGAGCUGCUGGAAGACCUAAAAACGGUGAAGGCUGAUGAGAAGACGAAAGCCGAGCUUAUCGUCAAGUCACCCUUCACUAAAAGGGCCAGGGAGUCACCCCAACCGCGUAUCUACAGGGGGGUUGGCGACCGGCGAUUUAACGGAACCACAGAUCCCGUGGAGUAUCUUAGCCGGUUAGACACUGAGAUGGAGGUCUACCAGAUUCCAGACCUCAAAAAAUGUCGCUUAUUGGCUGUAACCCUCAGGGAUGACGCUCACCACUGGUUCAAGAGGCUUCCUGCUAAUUCCAUCAGCUUUUUGAGGAAAAUGUGUGAGCUGUUUGUGGGACAAUUCAGGGCUUCCGUUACUUAUGCCCCACCUGCCAACACUCUAGCUAACAUCAAGCAGAAGGAACAUGAGACACUCAGAGAAUAUUUUAAACGCUUCAACUUAGAGGUGCCUCGUGUCAGGCCAACGUCAAAGGAGACCCUGAAGAACUUCUUAAUAGCGGGAGUAAGGCCUGGAACAAACUUCUGGAAGGAGCUGCAAGGGCGGGAGCCCGAAACCCUGGUUGACUUCUUUGCUAGGGCGGAACCCCAUAAGGUGAUUGAGGAAUCUCUGGCUAAAUUGAAGGAGUCGAAGUCUGAAAGCCGUAGCAGUUGGAAGAAUAAGAGGGAUAGGUCUUAUAGCCCAGAAAAGAGAAGCACCUAUAAAAAGAAUCCCUACGUAAGGCCUACGGGCGUGAAUACAACCAGCACGCAGGGCUUCGACAAGUCAAGGCUAACAAUGAGGAAGACUAGGGAACCAAGAUACCAUGAAUACACGCCUCUGACAGCUUCCAUAGAUCAUAUUUUUGAGGUUGGAGAUAAGGCACAGCAGAAUGCAGUUUUGGCUCAAGAGGCUAAGAAGUACAAGGAAAAUAAGGUCGAAAGGGCAAAUGACCAGGAAGCCAACCGUAGCACCCGUGCUGGUAGUGUACGAAUGAUCAUCGGAGGACCCUUCGUGGGAGGCCAGGGGCGCAGUGCUAUGAAGAGAUACGUACGGGAAACCCGAGGGCCACCGUUAACCAAUGUGUGCCAUCUGUCCGAAAGGCCUCCCAAAAUGUUUAAAGGGGAGACCAUGGACAUUACCUUUACUGAGGGGGAUGCACGCGCGGUACACCAGCCUCAUAGCGACGCCCUGGUGGUAACAGCUGUGAUUGGAAAUGUCAAUGUGCACAGGCUUCUCAUCGACACGGAAGCUCUGUCAAUAUCCUAUCCUACAGCGCAUACCAAAGAAUGA